AUGUCCCAGACCAGUGCCAGCCUUGGCAACCUCCUGAACAUUAAGACAGAAGGUGAUGGCAGCCAGGCUGGGGCUGGAGAGCCAACCCAGUACUUGGGCAAGGCAGUGAAGGCACUUGUCCAGGAGAAGCUCUCUGAGCCAUGGAAGAUGUACCUGCGCCGGUUUGGCACCAAGGAUUUCUGCGACGCGCAGUGCGACUUUCUCCAUAAGGUGCAUUUCCACUGUGUGGUGGAGGAAUGUGGAGCCCUGUUCAGCACCCUGGAUGGAGCCAUCAAGCAUGCCAAUUUUCACUUCCGAACUGAGGGUGGAACUGUGAAAAGUAACUCUGAGUCUCCCUUCUCAACUGCUACUGAGAAUAAGGCUUCACUGGCCCCUUCAUCACCAUCUGCUACUUCUGCCACCGUGGCGGGUGCUCCUGCCCUCGACGUGCCCACUCCGAGUCCAGCUACUGUGCCCUCUGCCCCCACACUGCUAGCUUGGAAGCAGCUGGCUUCAACUAUACCCCAGAUGCCUCAGAUCCCAGCAUCAGUGCCUAACCUGGCAGCUUCACCCUUGGCAACAACUUCCCUGGAGAACGCCAAGCCUCAGGUCAAACCCGGAUUUCUCCAGUUCCAGGAGAACGAUCCCUGCCUGGCAACAGACUGCAAGUACGCCAACAAAUUCCACUUCCACUGUCUCUUUGGGAACUGCAAGUAUGUGUGCAAAACCUCUGGCAAAGCAGAAUCCCACUGCCUGGACCACAUCAACCCCAACAAUAACCUGGUGAAUGUGCGAGACCAGUUUGCUUACUACUCACUGCAGUGUCUCUGUCCCAACCAGCACUGUGAAUUCAGGAUGAGAGGGCAUUACCACUGUCUGCGUCCUGGCUGCUACUUUGUGACUAACAUCACCACCAAGCUGCCCUGGCAUGUGAAAAAACACGAGAAGGCAGAGAGAAGGGCAGCCAAUGGCUUCAAGUACUUCACCAAGAGGGAAGAAUGUGGCAGACUAGGUUGCAAAUACAACCAGGUGAACAGCCACUUCCACUGCAUUCGAGAGGGCUGCCAGUUCUCCUUCCUGCUCAAGCACCAAAUGACAUCCCAUGCCAGAAAGCACAUGAGGAGGAUGCUGGGGAAGAACUUCGACCGUGUUCCUACUCAGGUUAUUGGCCACACUCCAAGAAAUGAAAAUCUCCCCCAGGUUGGCAGCAUGGCACCCAGCCCAGCCUCAUCAGGAACCCCAGCUUCCUUUCAGGGACCCCUAAGCAUGAUGGACACUGAAACAGAUGAGUACAUGGAUUACACUGGCUACAGCCCUGGGGGUAUCUCCUCUGAAUCUUCCAAUAUGGACCGCAGCUGCUCCAGCACUCCCGUGGGCAAUGAAAGUACAUCAGCAGGGAAUACCAUCACUAUGCCAACUGCCUCGGGGGCCAAAAAGCGCUUCUGGAUUAUCGAGGACAUGUCUCCGUUCGGGAAGCGCCGCAAGACGCCGUCGUCCCGCAAGAUGCUGGACGAGGGGAUGAUGCUGGAGGGAUUUCGGCGCUACGACCUCUACGAGGACUGCAAGGACUCGAGCUGCCAGUUCUCCCUGAAGGUCACCCACUACCACUGCACGCGGGAGAACUGCGGCUACAAGUUCUGCGGCCGCACCCACAUGUACAAGCACGCGCAGCACCACGACCGCGUCGACAACCUGGUGCUCAACGACUUCAAGCGCUUCAAGUCUUCGCUGAGCUGCAACUUCCCAGACUGUCAGUUCUCUGGCAACAGCACACACUCCUGCGGCUUCCGCUGCACCGACAGCACCAAGGUGACGGCUCACCGCAAGCACCACGGCAAGCAGGACGUCAUCAGCGCCGCCGGAUUCUGCCAGUUCAGCUCCAGCGUGGACUGCGGCAUGCCCGACUGCAAGUACAAACUCAAGUGCUCCCACUUCCACUGCACCUACCCCGGCUGCAAGCACACCGUGGUGGGCAUGUCGCAGAUGGACUCGCACAAGCGCAAGCACGAGAAGCAGGAGCGAGGGGAGCUGCCUGCCAUCUCUCCCGGCCCCGAGGGGCUGGUGCACUCCACUCUCGAGUAUGACAUCCAGAACUCUUCCAUCAACCUGGACAGUUCCCUCAACCUCAGCACUGACAACAACAGCUCCCUCUUCUUCCUGCAGAACGCGGCCGGCGUGGGCCUCGGCGACUCCCUGGACCUCAGCAAGAAGCAGGCGGAGGCCGCGGAGGGUCCGUCCCCGAGCAGAGCCGGCACUGCCCCCCAGGAGAGCGGCGCGGCCGCGGCCGGAGACGCCGAGGAGGAGGAUGACUCUUCCCAGGAGGACGAAGAGGAUGACGAGGAGGAGAUGAAUGAAGAAGAGGAGGAUGAUGAAGAGGAGGAUGACGAUGAUGACGACGAGGAGGAUGAUGAGGAGGGAGACCUGAACACAGAUUCUGAAGAAUCGCUGCCCGACCCUGAAGGUCUGGCCACUAAAGAAGAUGGAGAACCAGAGGAGGCUGCUCCUUCCACAGACCAGGGCGAUGCUUCCAGGCCACAGGGCGAGACAGCCCUUGCUCCAGCCCCAACUCCUGCUCCAGCUCCAGCUGCUGCCCCAGCCUCCACCGCUGCUCCAGCAGCUUCUCCUUAA